AUGUCAUCCAUCCAACCCCAAACAGCACCACCUCCCACCUCGCACGUCUUACUCUCCUACCCAGCCGACUAUGUGCUCCUCGUCACGAUUAAUCGCGAAAGACAAAUGAAUUCCAUUCCCUUUGAAGGCCACCUCGAAAUGGGCCUGGUAUUCGACUGGUUCGAUCACGAGCCUAAUCUACGCGUUGCCAUUGUCACAGGAGCUGGCAAGAAGAGUUUCUGCGCAGGUCAAGAUCUGAUUCAACUCGGCAAGAUUAGGAGUGGGGAGCUGAAAGCAAGUCCUGGCUUGAUGAGACAUCCAUUAAGCGGAUUUGGAGGGCUGAGUAGGAGGAUGGGGAAAAAGCCGGUUAUUGCUGCUGUUAAUGGAUUUGCGCUGGGCGGAGGGUUUGAGAUUGUUCUUGGCUGUGACAUGGUGGUAGCAGCACCACACGCGACAUUCGGCCUUCCAGAAGCUCUUCGCGGCAUCUUCGCUGGUGCAGGGGGUCCACCACGUCUCGUCCGCAAUGUAGGCUUACCCGUCGCAUCUGAAAUGGCGUUGACGGGCCGGCCCAUCACCGCACAAAGAGCCAAAGAGCUCAACCUCGUAAACCGCAUAUCGCCGUCCCAAGAUACUGUGGUGGAAGAGGCGUUGAAGUUGGCGAAUGAAAUCGCAGCCAUCUCACCCGAUUCGGCAAUUGUCACACGAGCGGCUUUGAAAGAGGCUUGGGAAACUGGCAGUGUGGAGCGGGCUACGCAGUUGACGAUUGAGCAGUAUAAUCACGGGUUGAACGCGGGUGAGAACGCGCUCGAGGGGCUCAAGGCUUUUGCUGAGAAGCGCAAACCGAUUUGGCGACCCUCUAAGCUGUAG